AUGGACAGAGAGAUUUUUCAUAUUAGCAAUGACUUGGUGGGAGGCAACAGAGUCGAGCAUGGUUUGCAACUAGUGGCUACUGCUGGACAAAACAAGGUGGGAACAACGCUUGGCACUAUGACCUUGUUGAGUAGUACUGGAAGAACUAGGAUUAAGGGAAGUAGUGCCAGAGGAUUCGCGAUGGGAAUCGGUAUGUGA